AUGAAUUGUUUGGAGAUUUCUUUCCCCGUGGACGUUUCGGUGCCGGCUAAGCUUAUGGGAUCUGAAGGCUUUGGUGGUGGAGGAGGAGUUAGGGUUUCGUCCAACAAAGCUGAUAACAAGUGUGAGACUGCUCGCGUCAAUUCUCCGAUUGAGCGUUGCAGUGCUUCAAUUAGCAAGAAAGGAGCUGGAAGCAGCAGUGGUGCUUCAGAUUCAUCGCUAUGGCGCAAACUGAUGCACUCACACGACUUUGUGCAUGAUAGGCUUACAAAGCUUCGUGUUGAGACUUCAUCAGAGCCUCAAAACGGUUAUCUUCCAAUCGCGAGCCCAGAGAGUGCAGAGUUUCCCAGGAAAAGAGGGAAGCUUUCGAGAAGUAGCAGUAGCAAUGUGACUUCGAAAAGGACUAAAUUGAUUCUUUUAGAUGAUACAGUGAACACAGUGAGAGUGAGAGAAAAUGACACCAAGGAGAUUUGUGGACAAGGAUCUACUUCUCACUCAGAUAAACCCUUAGCAGUGAAGCAACGAAGCAACUGUAGUGGCAGGCGAGGUGAGAAGAGGAGUUCAAAAGUUCCCACUAGAACUUUCUCCAACGUCAGUGUAGCUACUGGCGAGAAUGCAUUCUUCGGUGCGUAUGGCCUGAAGCCUGAAAUAAACGAUGUGACAAAACUCAUUGAAGAUUUGUCUUUGAACAAGCUUCUUGAAGGCUCUUAUGAGUGUCCUUCUUUGGGCAGCAAAGACAAGAUGAAGAAACCGGAGAAUACUAGUGACACUCUGCUGAGUGUGGUCAGAAACGUUUGGUCUAUUCUUCCAACAAGAAGGCCUCUCCAGUCUCAAAGCUCUGCUGAAUUAGACGCUUGCAUCAGCAGAACUCUGGGCUCACCAAGCUCUCUCUCCGCCACACUAAAUGGUGAAAACAGCGAUAAGUUAAAUGCUCUUGAUGGAGAUCCAUCCUCUUCUUCCAAGGAUUCUGAGAUUCCUUCUAGUCCGCUUAAUUUUCAGUUAUGCGAGGCUAGUGAUGUAUUGCAAAGACUAGACCUUCCUCCGCCGAAAGAUUUAGACUCUCUGCUUCAAGAUGCUUCAAAACUUUCUCAGAGCUCAAAGAACAGCUCUGACCAGCAGCGUUCAGCUAAACAAGCACCUCCUCGUGGUGGGUUAUUGCCGCAUUUCCCUUGGUCUCAAGCAUUUAACGGAAGCUCGAGAACCAGCUCGGAAGCAGCAAAGCUUCUAAACGGCAAGACACUCUGUCAAGGACGUUGGCUAAGAAUAGCAGACACCACCAUGAGUCCUCCUCCCACCAGUCAAUUCACAAAUCUGGAUUCACUCACUUUCAACCAAAGCUUAGUCCAUCCAGUACAGAACCAAACUAACACCACUUCUUGCCAGUGCACAGAAGCAUCUGUCUCUACCUUUGUUCCUACAGGUAAGAAUCUAUCUCCGAGUGCAGAACCAGAGAGAUCCGGAGAUGUUCAAGACGAUGCUUUAUCCUGUCCUCAGCUGAUAGAAGCUGCUCAAACGCUAUGUGACUUCACAAUCCAAUCCGGAAACCACAACAACAACAACCCAAACGGUAUCCUCAGAUGGCCAAAGAAGCUUUCUCAGAAGUCCAUGAAAGCUCGUAAGUCCAAACUAAUCGAAAAGCCUCCGGAAAGAAACGGGACAAUCGUUUCCUCCUUGGAUCUUAACUCAAGCAGCAAGAACAACAACAACAACAACCACGUGAGAAAAGAUUCAGGAGCAGAGCAUAACCAUCAUCAACAUCAACAUCAGCAACAUCAUCCUAAGCCUUCAAAGAGACUGAAACUAUCAACAAUGGAGAGUAACAAGAAAGGGUCAUUCCCAAGCUCAUCAUCAUCAGCCGCGAUAGAGUCAGAUAGGAAACAUUCAUCUUCAAGUUCAAGCAAGUUCAGGAACCAUUCCCGUAUGAUGAUGCCGCCUCCACCAUCAAAGAGAACACUCCAAAAAUCAUCCACUUAUCCUCAGAAAGCUCGGAAGUUUCCAUGA